AUAACAAGCGAUAGAAGGAUUUUACGACAGACGACGACUUUAUCCGUUCAACGUAUUAAACAUGAGGUGGUUGUUAGAAGUCGCUCUUGCGUUUUGCUGUAUUUACUGCAUUGCGGUGGCAGAGAUAACCGGGGUGUCCGAUGAGCAGAAAAUAUUAAUCAAACUAGAUCAACUGCUGGAAAUAGUGAAAGGAGGUACGGGAGGUGAAACUUGUAAAGCUCGGUGCCAAGAUGGAUGGCUGCAAUAUCAAGGUUCAUGCUACUUAAUUGUUCACAACCAAUUUACAUUUUAUGAAGCGGAGGCCAAUUGUAAAAAACAUGGUGCUGAUUUAGUCAGUAUAGAAAACGCAAACGAAAACACAUUCCUUAAAAAACAGCUAACCACUUUAAAAGGUACCGACUUUUGGAUUGGAUUGACAGACAGUGUCACAGAGGGCGUCUUUAAAUGGGUUGCCGACCAAUCGAACGCCGUUUUCACAGACUGGGAGAAAGGUCAACCAGAUAACUAUCUUGGUAAUGAAGAUUGCGUACACGUGCAUGCCAGUAGAAAUUUCGUUUGGAAUGACAAGCCCUGUAGUGAUCGUAUCCUAUCUAUUUGCGAAGAAACUUUCAGGUUCAAACAAUAUUAAAAGAAUACGAGUACAAACAAUGUGAACAUUUUAAUGAAAAUAAUAAAAUACUAAAACGUACUGAAGCAGCCAUUGAUUGAAUAAUGUUUGUCUUUCUGUCUUUUUUUUUUACUUCGUAUUAGAUCAGCGUCAUUUUUUAUCUAUUUAGAAUUAUAAUAUUAAAAAUAAUACCUAUUCAUAUAUACAUAAACAUAUGGUAUGUUUUUCGUAAUCAUUUAGUACUUAUGUCUUGGCUUAUGUAUUCCUCUUUAUCCUCUGAAUUA